UGUGUAUGCAGCUGUGCUCUCUUGCAGAGUGUGUUUUUUCACCAUCCUCCGGUGGAGGGGGCCCGUGCAACCGACUACAGCAUGUAGGACCUGGAUCACCUCGGUGUCUCGAGACGCGUUCCCCCGGGAUUAAACGGAAAAACGGAUUAUAUUAUCCAUUGUUUAUGGACUAUUAUUAACGGACGCCAAACAGGGAUCUAACGGGGGAUUUUAACAACUGGAUAAGGGAGGGGAGAGGGGGGUUCUCCUCGGUAAAUGAGCGGAGAGGAAGCUUCCAUUUUGAGAGAGAAUCAUGGCGAGCGACUCCCCGGCCCGGAGUCUGGAUGAGAUAGACCUGUCAGCACUACGGGACCCAGCUGGUAUAUUUGAACUAGUGGAGUUGGUGGGAAAUGGAACCUACGGUCAGGUCUACAAGGGUCGCCAUGUCAAAACUGGCCAGCUUGCCGCUAUCAAAGUUAUGGACGUCACUGGCGAUGAGGAAGAGGAGAUUAAAGCAGAGAUCAACAUGUUGAAGAAGUACAGCCAUCAUCGGAACAUUGCUACCUACUACGGUGCCUUCGUCAAGAAGAACCCUCCUGGCAUCGACGACCAGCUAUGGUUGGUGAUGGAGUUCUGUGGGGCGGGCUCGGUGACAGAUCUGAUUAAGAACACCAAGGGAAACUCUCUGAAGGAGGAGUGGACUGCCUACAUCUGCAGAGAGAUCCUCAGGGGUCUGACCCAUCUCCACCAACACAAGGUCAUCCACAGAGACAUCAAGGGUCAGAACGUCCUGCUGACAGAGAACGCAGAGGUCAAACUGGUGGACUUUGGAGUGAGUGCCCAGUUGGACCGUACGGUGGGGAGGAGGAACACGUUUAUAGGGACGCCAUAUUGGAUGGCUCCUGAAGUCAUCGCCUGCGACGAGAACCCUGAGGCAACCUACGACUUCAAGAGUGACCUGUGGUCUCUGGGUAUUACGGCUAUAGAGAUGGCAGAAGGAGCACCGCCACUGUGUGACAUGCACCCAAUGAGAGCUCUCUUCCUCAUCCCCAGAAACCCCGCCCCCAGACUCAAGUCUAAGAAGUGGUCUAAGAAGUUCCAGUCGUUCAUUGAGAGUUGCUUGGUGAAGAGUCAUGGUCAGAGACCCAGCACAGAGCAGCUGUUGAAGCACCCCUUCAUCAGAGAGCUGCCCAACGAACGACAGAUCCGCAUCCAACUGAAGGACCAUAUCGACAGAACCAAGAAGAAACGUGGAGAGAGGGAUGAAACAGAGUAUGAGUACAGUGGCAGUGAGGAAGAGGAGGAGGAACGGGACAUGGGGGAGCCAAGCUCCAUCAUCAACGUCCCUGGAGAGUCGACGUUAAGGCGGGACUUCCUGCGGCUGCAGCUGGCCAAUAAGGAGCGUUCUGAGGCUCUGCGGAGGCAGCAGUUGGAGCAACAGCAGAACGAGGAACACAAACGUCUCCUGUUGGCAGAACGACAGAAACGCAUAGAGGAGCAGAAAGAACAGAGGAGGAGACUGGAGGAGCAACAGCGUAGGGAGCGUGAGAUGAGGAAGCAACAGGAGAGAGAACAGAGGAGACGCUAUGAAGAGAUGGAACAACUACGGAGAGAUGAGGAGAGGAGGCACGCAGAGAGAGAACAGAUACACACACAGGAGUACAAGCGUAAGCAGAUGGAGGAGCAGCAUCAGGCUGAGCGUCUCCAGAGACAGCUGCAGCAGGAGAGAGCCUACCUGGUGUCCUUACAGCAGCAGCAGCAGGAGCCACGGCCACAAGACACCAAACAGCUGUACCACUACAAAGACACAGCCCCCAAUAACGACAAACCUGCCUGGGCCAAGGAGGUGGAGGAGCGUUCCAAGCUGAACAGACAGAGUUCUCCAGGUCUGCAUCAUAAAGUGUCCAACCGUAUUUCCGACCCAUCCCUGCCGCCCCGCUCCGAGUCCUUCAGCAGCGGGGGCAUUCAGCAGGCCCGAACACCACCCAUGCACCGCUCUACAGAACCACAGAUGGCCCACCUGGUACAGGUGAAGUUCCAUGGUCUGUCUGGGUCCCAGUCUCUCCAUGACCCUGCUGGGGUCACAGGCUUGUCGCCCUCCCCGUCCCCCUCCCCCGGCCGCCCCCCCAUGCCCCGCCAGAACUCUGACCCCACCUCAGACACCCCUUCUCCUAUUCCUCUCCCCCGACUCGCUCCCCCACUCGACAAACUGGACCGCAGCUCUUGGCUACGAACGGACCUAGACCUACCUCCCAAGGUGCCCCAGAGGACCACGUCUAUCUCUCCAGCCCUGGUCAGGAAGCACUCUCCUGGGAGUGGACCUGGGGGCCUUGCUCCUAGAGCUGGAUCACACCUGAUACGGGCCAGUAACCCAGACCUGCGGAGGACUGAUGUCUCCAUGGAAACAACCCUGAAGAGGACAAGCAGCAGCAGCUCAUCCAGCUCCUCCCAGGGGGGAAGCAACGAGAGAGGGGCGGAGGGGUCUAUGGCGCCGCCCCAGGAGACCAAAGAAGAGAACAGAGAUGUGACACUGACACGACCUAGCAGGCCCGCAGACCUGACGGCUCUGGCCAAGGAGCUGAGGGAGCUGCGUCAGGGGGAGGAACCUAACCGCCCGCCCGUCAAGGUGACGGACUACUCCUCGUCCAGUGAUGAGUCACAGAGCGACGAGGACGGAGAGGAGGGAGGGGGAAGAAGUAACGACGGCUCUGUGUCUGUCAGCGACAUCCCACGCAUCAUGCCGGCUGCAGGGCAGAGUGGCGGUGAGUCGUACGGUGUGAUGGGAGGACAUGAUGAUUCCCACGGCAACAGUUCCCAAGACAGCUCCCUGAUGAUGAGAGAGACCUAUGGGGACAGGAGGCGGAGCUCCGCUCUGGCUGACAGCAACGGUUUCUUCGGCAACGCCAAUCUGCCCGAUCUGGUGCAGCAAAGCCCUUCCCCCCUGGUCUCCCCUGGCAAUGGCUCUGGGCGCAGCCACUCCGAAUACGGCAUGGGCAGUGGCAGUGGCUCCAAGUCCUCCUCCUUCACGCCAUUCGUUGAUCCACGAGUCUACGGAACCUCCCCCACUGAUGAUGAUGAUGAUGAAAACUCUGCGUCCGCCCACUUUGCGAAUGAGCUGCUGCUUCAGGAGCAGGCUAGACUGAACGAGGCCAGAAAGAUCAGCGUGGUCAACGUGAACCCGACCAACAUACGACCUCACAGCGACACGCCUGAGAUACGCAAAUACAAGAAACGCUUCAACUCUGAGAUACUGUGUGCUGCUCUCUGGGGUGUGAACCUGCUGGUGGGGACAGAGAACGGUCUGAUGUUGCUGGACCGUAGUGGUCAGGGGAAGGUCUAUAACCUGAUUAACCGCCGACGCUUCCAACAGAUGGACGUUCUGGAGGGACUCAAUGUCCUAGUCACCAUAUCAGGGAAGAAGAAUAAGUUGCGUGUGUACUACCUGUCCUGGCUGAGGAACAGGAUAUUACACAAUGACCCAGAGGUGGAGAAGAAGCAGGGCUGGGUCACUGUGGGAGAGCUGGAGGGCUGUGUACACUACAAAGUUGUGAAGUAUGAGAGGAUCAAGUUUCUGGUCAUCGCUCUGAAGAACUCAGUGGAGAUCUUUGCCUGGGCACCCAAACCCUACCACAAGUUCAUGGCUUUCAAGUCGUUCACUGACCUGCAGCACCACCCCCAGCUGGUUGACCUGACGGUGGAGGAGGGUCAGAGGUUAAAGGUUAUCUAUGGCUCCAGCGUCGGGUUCCAUGUCAUUGAUGUCGACUCUGGCAACCCUUAUGACAUCUACAUUCCCUCCCACAUUCAGAGUCAGGUGACGCCCCAUGCCAUCGUGGUGCUGCCGCGGACCGACGGGAUGGAGAUGCUGCUGUGUUACGAAGACGAGGGCGUCUACGUCAACACCUACGGCCGCAUCACUAAAGACGUGGUGCUGCAGUGGGGAGAGAUGCCCACGUCUGUUGCCUACAUCCACUCCAACCAGAUCAUGGGCUGGGGAGAGAAGGCCAUUGAGAUCCGCUCCGUGGAGACGGGACACCUCGACGGAGUUUUCAUGCACAAGCGAGCUCAGCGACUGAAGUUUCUGUCGGAGAGGAACGACAAGGUGUUUUUCGCCUCUGUGCGUUCCGGCGGCAGCAGCCAAGUCUUCUUCAUGACCCUGAACCGGAGCUCUAUGAUGAACUGGUAACCCUGGCAAACCCUCCUUACUUCUUCCCUCCAUACUGUACAUACCUAACCAGAGGUCAGGGUGGAGGGAUGAAGAGAGAGAACUGAGACAGACGAGUGAACACAGAGCGGCUGGCGGCUCAGCAGAGACGGGAGGAGAGAAACAGUCUCCCAUCCAACUCCCAUCCAGGCAGACAUCUGCAGUAGCAACCUACAACCACAAGAGGAACCAGAGAGAAACAGCAACUCUCCAGAUCACGCUCAGACAACACUCUUUCUCUCUGUUGUCUUAGUUUCUCUCGGGCUCAGUCCGAGAUGGCCCUCUAUUUCCUACAUAGUGCAAUACUUUUGGUCAGAGUAGGCAUUUUGGACGUAGCCUCAGUGUUUAUCCCAGGUGUUUUUGUUUUUGGGAGGUAGUGACAGGAUGUGCUAGUGUAGUCUCCCUAAUGAGGUCAGGGGUCAGCGACCAAGGGUAUUGUCAUGACCCCUGACCUUUGUGUAUAUAUGGUGGGGGUGAGUGUAGAUUCCUGACUGCUGGAGCAGUUAACAAAAUAUCAAUAUUGUCACCAAUGGUCACCAAAAAAAAUGAUACUCUUGGCAUAGAUGCCAUUCUUGUUCACUUGUGCUCCCCACUUUCUCUGCGAAUGUUCUAUUUGACAGUCAAUCUAUUUGCCGUAUUUCUAUCGUUACACAUUUGUAAAUGCCACAUUCUAUGAUCUGAAACAGACCUGCUUUCCUAUUGGACACUCUUCCACUGAGACAGAACAACAAAAGGAAGACAGUGGAUGAUGAGAGACCGAAAGCAGUCUGAGUUUGUUUAGUUGAUCUUCCUCCUGAAUUUCAGCCUGUUUUGGUGGGAGUUUUGGCCUUCCAUGGUGACAUCACUAUUUUUGUAAAUUAGUUAGACCAAUAAGAAAGAGUUCCAAUCCUUUCUGCCAAUAGCAGCUAAUUUUGUUUCCCCCUUUACCACUCAAACCACUCCCAGACAGUACUAGCAAAAUUAUUGCUUAAGAAAUGUUUCUUUUUUUACCAUUUUAAUAGAAAACAAUCACAGUAAGGUACUUAAUUGUUACCCAGAAAUGAUUUGAUAUGUAGAUAAAAAUGGCUGCAUUGGACAGACGUAUGGGUUGGUUAAUGGUCAAACUUCUUCCUACAUGCCACCUCUUUUCUCCAGCUCUUCCCCUGUCUCCUUUGUUUCACCUGCUUCUGUACAUGUGCAUAGUGACACCUAUACUACUUGUCAUCAUCAAUCCUGACUUCUAAACUAAGGCAAUACACAGGUCUAACUGGAGAGAUGCGUGGUUGGGACGAUUCAUUUUCCUAAAUGAGACCCACCAUGUUAGCGUCAGUCAGGACCUUACACAGGUCGUUUAAAUGUACUCAAACUAGCUUUAGACGGCCAGGUAGAAUGACCACACUAUGAAUCUCCACCAUUAAGUUGAAUCACAUGUAGUCUUCUAGGAUACAGUGUCUGACUCUGUAACAUAAGAUCUGCCAAGGUAGUUGGUGAAAGUGGAGGAGGGUGUCUGUGUGUACUGAACCAAUGAUGAUGAUUGACUACUGAUGUGGCGUUGUAUGUAACACAGGGUAAUAGGCAUGAGCCUACUCCAUCCACUAAUCGCUUACCUCUUCAGUCGUCAUAGAUCUGAAAGGACUGGAUAAAUAUGUGUGACCGACCGGUGUAUGAACCUGGGUCGGCAGACCUCUUGCUUUUUCCUAUCUAGUCCUGUCAGGAGUAUUGGUUAGAGAGAAGGGGGUUGAUUCCAAGAAACCGUAGGAGAAAUAUGAUUAAGCAUUUCAUUAUAUCUGACUGAUCAUUUAGAAAAAGACAGCCAUCAUGUUCAUACUAUAAGGCUUUCUACAGAAUAGAGAAGAUGGUUUAAGGGAUUUCUAAAAUGUUUUUAUCGUGGUAUAAUUUGUAUUUAAAUUUUUUGUAAGUAUCAGAGUAUGUGUGUGCAUAUGAGACUUGUCUUCCCUGCUAACAGUACAGGAUUAAACUCUGCCACUGUUAAGACCGUCUGUUCGUUGAGUGACUGAGUGUGUGCCUUCAUCUCAUCUGAAUCACUGGGACAAUAACCCCGCCCCCAGACUGGUACUCCACUCCACUAUGUGAUGUUGAAACGUAACUGUCCUUCCUUGUACAGACAUGAUUACAGAGACGUCCUCUACUGCUUUACUUUACUGUCUGGAUGUCUUCUGAAAUCUAAAAUGCACAGCAGCACCAUCACACACUGUUGGCUAAGUAAUUCCCUCCCUGCCAACUUUGUCUCCCAUCUUGAGCUCCCUAACACACACAUUAUUCUAUCAGAGGUGCCGGUACUCAAGCUGUAGCAAAUGAGAAGAGCCUGAUCUCUGUACCAGUACCGGUCAGCACCAGCCCACUUCAACCACUGGUCUGAGAGCAGUUCUCCAGUGUUCUGUUCUGGUUGUCUGCAUGUAAAAGUGUGGGGAGAGCAGAUCAGGACUGACUGCAGUAGGCCUUCUCAUAGCUUCUUUAGACUUUUUUUGGCCUCAGCUCACAUCACAAAUAUUUGUUUUUCAAUUAGUGAGAACAUUGAUAAGGGAACACAAUGUUAGAACGGUAUCUGUACACUGGAUCCUAGCGUCCUUACAGUUUAGCAAUAAAGAGAACUAACUACUGACUUAAUGUUCUGACACCGAGGCACAGAGGGAGGUAGUGUGUAUGGCUGAUGAACAUGGAUACAUGUGAUUACUGAUGGUGAUUAAUAUGAUUCUGGAUGCUUUUUGUUUGACUUUUCAAUGUAACCUACUGACACACACACUUCAUGUUUCCAAAUGACAACAUGCAUUAAAGAUGUGCUGUGUGAAUGA